CGUGCUUCAAAGUGAGAUAGACUUUUUUUUGUUUUCUUUUAUAUAGAAAUAAGCUUGAUUUUAUUAUUAUUAUUUAACAAUUAGGUACUAAAAUACAAAUACAGUAAAAUCUCAUGUUAAAGUCUCGGCCACUCAAGUAUGUACUACCUCCCUAAAUAUAAUGAAAUUUUAUUUGUUUUCGGGUACCCAAGUUGAUUUACUAUGUACACUACGACUCCCUCUUUUCUACUUUUUAUUAUUUUCGUUUGUAUCCCCUCCCCCCCUCCUUCUUCUUCUUUUUCUUCUCUCUUAUUAAAUUCCUCAAUAUUUUAUAUUUUCCCUUUUAUAUUCCUUUUUCCUUUCUUCCUUGAAGUCGUUAUAUAUUUGGAUCCAGCAUAUUUAGAAAAAAAAAUAGAAAUUGAGAUACAGCCUCAUUAUGAAGAAUUUGAUAUUCUUUCUAACAGCAAUACUUCUUGCUCAACUUCAGCUAGCAGAAGCUUAUUUUUAUGUCCCUUCUUUUAUGAAUACACUUCCAUUUAAGGGGGGUAUGCAAUAUGCGCAAAGUGGAAAUUCAUUAUAUAUCUUUGGUGGUGAAAAUGCGACUGAAUUAUAUACAAACGAUUUCUACAAGCUAACUCAGACUAACACUUCUUACAGCUGGGAGAUUGUUCCUCAAAUGAAUCCACUUAAUGGCACUUUAUAUGGUCAAGCUUAUAUUACAGCUGAUAAUCAAAAUAUGAUUUUAUUAGGUGGUAUGUCAAAUGAAACGUUUGGUCGAGGUUUACCUCUUCAAAUUCACUCUUAUAAUUUUGCUUCUCAAAGAUGGACUCCCUUUGCUGGCAACAAUGCCAACGUUAGUUCCCCUCCUCCUCCUGAUUUUAUUUAUAACAGACAGUUCUUUUCUGCUACAUAUGAUAAAAAGAAUCAACGUACCUAUAUCUAUGGUGGAGCUAUUCAGAGCCCUAAUGGACCUCUUUUUUUGAACGAUUUACAUGUUUUAGAUGCUAACUUCAAAUCAACUGUUCUACAACCAACUCCAUUGGGACGUUAUGGUCAUUCUGCUUCUAUUUUAAGUAAUGGACAGAUUGUUGUUGUUGGCGGUAUUAUUGUAGGCGCAGAAGAGCCUACUCUUGCAGGCAUGGAUCAAGUCUGGCUUUAUGAUCCACCUUCUAAUAAUUGGGUUGUGCGUAAUGUUACUGAUUACAACGGACAUUUCCCUUCUGCUACUUCUGAUUUUGUUUCUGUUGUUACUGAUGAUGAUAAAAUUAUUAUUUUUGGAGGCAAUGAUAGAAGUUCACAACAAACAAGAGAAUAUUUAAAUACUAUUGCUAUUUUGGAUACUAAAACUUGGGCUUGGACAAUACCUACUAUUCAGGGAAUUCCUCCUUCUCGACGUGCAUAUGCUAUUGGUGGCCUUUUAGAUAACAAGCAUCUUACAAUCGCCUUUGGCGCUUCAUCAAAUUUGUAUUAUAAUGAUAUUAAUACAUUCGAUUUGUCUACAAAUUCUUGGUUACAAACAUUUGACGAAUCUAAUUCAAGCGGUAAUUCCCUUUCAAAGGGACUUAUUGCCGGUGUCACCGUUGCUGCCGUCGUAUUACUUGUAAUUAUUCUAUUCUUACUCUGGAAAUUCCAGUCUUACAUUCGUUGGUUAAUCGUACGUAUCCACAACGACAUUUGGAAGCCUCGUACUGGUGAACCUAUUUGGGCAGAAACUUCACGUAUCAUCUCUCAAAUCUUUUUCUUGUUUAUUUUUGUUAUGUUUUUAUAUUUUGUCAUUCGUCAAGCUGUCGAUAGUCCAAAUGUUACACAACGAAUAGAGCAUCCAUCUCCUGAUGUUGAAGUACCUGAUGUUCGUUUUUGCUUUGACGGUUUCCCUAGUCAAAGCCAAAUGUAUGGCCCACCCGGCGUAUCUUGUCAAACCGAUAUUGGUUACUCUUGCAACUCUUUUAUUAAACCACUAAAUAUGUCCAUAUUCAAACCUACCUUUUCCGAUAAUUUGGGCCCCGUUAAUUGCUAUCUUUUCCGUGCCCCUGAAGGUUUUAAAAUGACUCUGACUGCUGGUAAUAAUAAUGGUUCUCGUUUGUUAUUUACCAUGUGGGGAGAUCAAACAAUCGAUUAUGGUGUUGUUCAUAUCUCUGUUUAUCCCAAACGAAUGGAUCCUAAUGCGAAAAUUUACGGUUAUGAUGAUGGUAUCAGUAACUAUCUUUCUGAAGUUGAUAUCGCUAAUUGGCAAACAACAGAACGCAACGAUCUCCAAGCCACCAACGUCUAUACUGUUAGACCCUAUACCUAUAGUGCUCUUAGUUAUGAUAUUGUAGAUCAUCGUUACUUGCAGCCUGUUGGAUGGAACUAUGUUGGAUUUUUACCUGUCACUAAUAGUACACCUGAAAUCGUAUCCAACUUUAGAUCAGAGGCUCCGAAUCCCAACUAUAGUAAGGUACAUGCAGACUUGGGUUUUAUAGCUAUUUUCCCCGAAAAUUAUGCUCAGAUAAUUGAUCGUGAGAUCAAGAUGUACACACUCGUAAACGCUCUUGGAUUUGUAGGUGGUAUCUUUGGCUUAUUAGUAGCUGCACAAACAUGGCUUUUUGGUUAUCGUCCUCGAUCUCCUUGGGGCGUAGUCCAUCGUUGGGCAACUGGCAGUCGUAAACAAUCCCUUCUUCAGGGCCUUCAGAAUAAAUUUAAAACAACAGAUUCAGGUAUCCCCUUGGUUCAUCCUGUUCAUCAUCGAUUUAGUGUAAAUGAAUUUCAGAAUCUUGGACAAGAGACAGAGGCUCAGCGUGUAAGCCGAGUUGAAGAGCGUAUGCAAGUUUUGGAAUUGUUGUUCAAGGCGUAUUAUGUGGAUGAUGAAGUCUUCCGAUCCUUAGAUUAUGCAUCAUCCAUGAACAAUAACAAAGAACUUCCUAGUUAUGGUCAACAAUUUGGAAUGGCUUCUGCUGGCAAUAAUCCCCUUUUCCCUUCUACUGAAAAAUUAAGUCCUUAUCAAACACCAAAGAAAGAAGAUCAAAAUGGCUUUUCUCAUAUGUUUAGUGAAAGACCUAGUCACAGUACCAUUACAAAAAAACUACAAGAAUGUCAGCAUCUUGAUUUUUAUACGACAUAUACUUCGUCACCCACUUGGCCUUGUCCUUUAAAAAAAACUUUUCGACUUUUAGUUUUAGAUUCUUCAUUUAAUCCCCCUACGCGUGCCCAUGCUAAUCUCCUCACAAAAUCACUUGAAGCCUUUGAGCCUCAUUAUUUUGAUGCCACACUACUUUUGUUUUCUACUAAUAACGUUGAUAAACAAUUUUCAGGAGCUAAUCUUGUCCAACGUGCCCAAAUGAUGGAACUUAUGGCUUUGAAUUAUACAAAUAGUGCAGUUGGAUUCAUGCCCCAUGGUCGUUUUAUAGACAAAGCAACACAUAUCCAUAAUUGGUUCAGAGAAAAAUAUAAUAAUCAUGACCUUGAUUUGCAUUUUAUUAUGGGAUAUGAUACUCUGAUUCGCUUCAUGGAUCCAAAAUACUACCCUAAAAUGACUGUAAAAGAAGCUUUAGCUCCAUUCUUUAAGAACUGCAGGUUGAUUUGCGCAGAUCGUGGUGUGAGCAGCGAGACAUUCUGGAGCCAAUUAAAGAACGAUGGUUAUGAAGAUUUGAUUAAACGAAUUCAGUUAGACCCUGUAAUGAGUGUAUUUUCAAGCACAUUGGCAAGAAAUGCUAUUCGUCAAGGUGAUGACACGAUUACCAACAUAUUGGAUAUUCAUAUUCUUGAUUUUAUAGAACAAGAAGCAAAUAAAAUUUACCAAACCUAGUCUUUAUUGUAUUCGUAGGAAGUUUUUUUUGCUAGUACAAAAAAGGAAAACAUCAAAUACAGUCACUUUCAUUUUUUUUUUUUUUUU